GCAGCAAGUGCGUAUAAAACGGAGACGAAGAGAUCCAUCUGUUCAGACCCAUUCCGAUUUUCAAAAGUGCAACGAUUUUAAAACUUGAAACAUCGAAAUGCAUAAAGUCUUUACCAUUUUACUCCUCAUCCCGUUCGCAACGGCUGGAAUUGUUGACCCAAUCCGGAACUGCGGUAGUGACGGGGCUGAAGUCCUGCUCAAUAUCACGGAUUGCGAGGGCUACUGUCGCUUCCAGCCUGGCACGAUGUACAACUGUUCGAAUCAUUGGGUUCCUUCAACCAUUUUUAUGCCCUCGUUAAUUCUGCGGGUCGAAAUUUGUACGUCGGCUGGUCUAUGUAUGCAAAUUAUAAACAUGGAACUGCCCCACUCUGCGAUCCAGCCAGGAUUGCAAUACACCGUCAAGUACUCCUUCAUCCCGAACGAUGUCCUGUCCGGACAGACGGUCGAAUUCAUGGCGAAAAUUGUAGACCCGAGAGACAUGAGGGUAGAAAUUUGCGUGGCUGCUUUUGUCGACAUUCUUUAAGUUGGAAAUAUCUGCAAGAGUUAUUAAACCACAUUCUGUUGUUAUCAAUUGUUACACAAUAUUUAAUUCGGUGGUAGAGAAAUAAAUACGAUUUGUUGUCUAUUUACAUA